AUGAUGCAGACAGCCAUUCAUAAGCCCGUGGCUAUGACACUGUUACCUGAAACCUCUUCCCCUAUUACCUCAAUCAAAGGAACUUCUUCCUUUGCUGUCACUUCUCUUACCCCAAACCUGCCCCCAGAGCCCUCUCGUGCCGUCGCCAUUGUAUAUGGUCCCAAUCAGGACACUAUCGUCCAAGUUGUCGCUGAGAUCCUGGGCAAGCCAUGGACUACGGAAUCUUCUCUGUCCACACUCGGGCGGGGCGGUCAUGCUGUCGUGACCGGGAUAUUGGCUGACCAUCUGGGUCGUGCUUUGGAAGGGUGUGAGAAGCCUGCCGGCAUCUUAAUCAACACGCACUGUGUGGAUGAUGGCUCCUUUCCAGACGAAUCACUUACCGACCGCUGCGACUAUGAGUUUCUGUAUUCCCUUCGGAGUCCUUUCUUUCGCCGCGAUCUGACCCGGUUUCUGUCUUUGAUUCUGGGCCAAACCAGACCACAUGAAGACCUGAAGACCAAAAGCCGCACGAAUUUUAUCUCGACGACCUUUCCGGACGUCCAUGCGGCAUUACCCAAUCUUGACAUUUUGUCGGUAGGUUCAGAUGCAGUCGAGAUCCGUGUAGAUCUAUUGGUUGAGCCCUCAUCUGUGGGCAUCUCCAACCGGGUGCCCAGCCUGCGGUACGUUGGCCAGCAGUUGAUGUUGCUUCGGCAGCAUACAGAACUGCCGAUCAUCUUCACCACGCGAUGCACCAAGGAGAAUGGUAAGUUCCCCAUGGAUGAUCCAGCACUAUUUUAUAGGUACCUUCGCCGGGCAAUCCAGUGGGGUGUCGAGUAUAUAGAUGUUGAGCUGUGGCUUCCGGAGGAUAUCCGGAGACAGUUAGCGGAAGUCAAAGGAAAUAGCAUCAUCAUGUCAGCAUUCCAUGAUUUCUCAGGAACGUGGAAAUGGACAUCUCCCGAUGCACCGCGGAUCUUCGCGGAAAGCGCCAAAUACGCGGAUAUUGUGAAGAUGAUUGCUAUGGUCAAUACUGUUGAGGCCAAUUACGAACUCGAGUAUUUUCGGUCGACGAUCAAAAGGGCCCAUGGGUCGUACCCCCUCCUGUCGGCUGUCAACAUGGGGCAGAUGGGUCAGCUCUCGCGAGCGCUCAACACUGUGUUCUCGCCCAUCACGCAUCCGUUAUUGCCGAUGAUUGCAGCGCCGGGGCAACUAACGGCGGCGGAGAUUAACGAGGCGCUCCAUAUCAUGGGGCAGCUACCCAAGCGCGAUCUGUACGCCAUUGGAUCAUUCCGCUCAACGCCGCAGUCGAUGUUUAUGGAAAAAUGUUUCAACGAACUGAGCCUGCCGCACACACUGACUUCGAUCGACCGUGGACCCAUGGGUUCCAUCGAACGUGUGAUCACCCAGCCCUCCUUUGGCGGAGCGUCAGUACAUCCGCCUAUAUCGAGCAGCACCACAUGCAUUCCAGCCGUCAGUGACGCUGCCCGCGCAAUUGGAUUAGUCGAUACGAUUGUGGCCGCAAAAAGUGCUGCACCGAAGGCUCAGUUGGUUGGUGAGAAUGCGACAUGGAAGGGGAUCCGGGCAACGUUAACCCGAGAUUAUGUUCCGUCGGCAUAUCGCGGCCGAGCGGCGAUUAUCCUUGCGGGUACUGAGAGCGAGGCAUCAGCGGCCAUCUUUGCACUGCGCAGCUUGGGUGUUGGAGCGAUCUACACGGUGGGGUUCCGGGCGAGCGGGCCGCUGGCAGACGGAUUAGAGCCAUUCACGUCGAUCCAGUCCGUGAAACUGGUUGAGCAGCCGUUUGUGAUUGUAUCCGCGCUGCCUCCAGAGAAGUCGUUGUUGGUCCAGCCGCUGUUGCGACACUACCGAACGAAUGGUCAAGCCUCGCCACCAUCUACACGGGGGAAAGUAUACCUCGACUUGACGCGAGGUGAACGCACGGGGGACCCUGUAGGAGUGGCUGUGCGUGCGGGGUGGACAGCUUAUGGGAUUGAAGAUGUGAAUGCAUGGACAACUGUGGAGACGCUGCGACUGCUCGUGGGACAGAAUGUACCGUUUGAUUUUGUGCGCAUGGCGUCAGGUCGAGUCAGCAUCGACCGGCUAACUCCCCGCCGUGUCAAUGCCGAACCGCGAGAGUCGAUGAAUUGCAAGUCCUGUCGGAAGAGGAAGGUGUUCCAAUGCCCUUGUAUAUAUGAUGCCGUACCGAAAAAACGUGGCCCUAAAACAGAUGUCUUGGAGGCCCUGCUCAAACGCGUCGAUGGCUUGGAAAAGCGUCUCCAGGAUGACAAUCAUCCCCUGUCGCCCACCUCCUCGGGCUCGCCGACUAAGUCAAUGGAGCAACUUGCGGCACAGGUGAACUUUCAUCCUCCGCCUCCAUCGCAUACAUUCCCUCCACCUCCAGCACCCCAGCAAUCUUCUCAGAGUCACAGGCUACCUGACUCGAUGCUGGACGUUUACUUUGCCCGACUUCAUGGGAAGCCCUACUCUAUCUUGGAUGAGGCUGCCACCCGCCAGCUACAUCAGCGAGGGCAGUUGCCCGUGUGUUUGUCCAUGGCUAUCCAUGCUCUGACGAUAAGAUAUACCGUUCUCAACCCUUCCCCUCAAGGCUUAGACUAUGCUCGCCAGGCUCGACGCUUAGUGGACAUUGAUGAUCCUUCUAUUGAGGGACUGCAGACUCUCUUACUAUUAUCACAGACCUUUUUCGCUUAUGGUUAUGGCAGAAAGGCUUACAUGGCAUUGAGUAAUGCUAUUGGUAUGGUCUUAGCUUUGGACCUGUAUCGGGAACUGCCUGCUCAAAGCCCGUCGCGUAGGGCAGAGCGCGAGAUAAGGCGUCGUAUUUUUUGGACGGCUUAUACAAUGGAUCGCUUUCUUACUUGCGGCUCAAAACGGCCCUGCCUCAUCGCUGAUCAUUCCAUCGUGUUACGAUUACCUUCCGCUGGACCGGAAUCUGGCGAAUGGUUUAACCCGGUCGGUCCUAACAUUCAGUUCACAUCCGACCGUCGCAAGGGCCCAGGAGCCGCUGCUCUUUUAGUCGACAUCACUCGAAUCUUAGGCGUCACCCACCGCUACUUAGCUGCUGGCGGUGUCAAAGGUGACUCGCAUUUUCCUUGGCAUGCUCUCUCCAACUUGUCCAAGAUCCGUCAGGAACUUGAUAUCUGGGCGGCCGGCACGCAGGAUCUAUUCGCCUCAAUUGAGGCCUUAUUUGGUCAUCCAGAGAGCACGCUUCUGCUUCUCAGCAAGUUGAUAUACCACCUAGUUCAUUGCCUGCUGUAUCGACCGUUUCUUCCCAUUGACCUCGCUGAGCUCCGCGGGACGGGCCAGCAUCAGUCAUGGCAGAUUGAGGCUACCACACUUUGCUUCUCGCACGCCAAUGCCAUUGCCGAACUGGUUGAGCUGGCGCGCCAUGCGCCGCGCAUUGAAUGGCCGGACUUGAUAGCCUACUGUGCCUGCACCGCUGGCACCGUUCACAUUCACGGUGUACACUACAAUGGCCGCGAGGGUGAAGUGUUCGCAUCGAGUGCUGACUUCCUUACGCGUGAGAUGAGCCAGCUAAUAUGGCUGCGUCACUCCUGCUCGGGGGUUCAGCAUCAGCGCGAAAUGCUACAAACCAUUUCGGCAUGCCACGCAGAUCUGGUGCGAACAUUAGCUGCGCGACCGGUGCGGUUUGCGCCGGUCUUCCAUCUGGAGGAUUUCUUCGAUCGGUAUCCCGGAUUAGUUGUUGAAGGAGCGCAUGUAAGAUUAGUAGAUAUAGAUGACCCAGCGAUUUAUCCGGCGAUACCACCAGCUACGCCAACUCUCCCAUCACAAGCCGGUCGAAGCAACUCGAUCAGCUUCAACGCACCCCAGCCAUCACCCUCACCGUGGCUUGGCCCCGACCUGAGCCUUCCAGACGGCGGUCUCGGCUUCUCUCCAUCCGGGGUAAACGCCUCCCCAACCGCAUUCCUCUCGGAACCCUUCACCGCACCAACACCACCGUCCCAACCGCAAUACGCCACCUUCCCCUUUGAAGCAUCCGUUCCGGGGACAGCUUUGACGCCGGACGCCCAGUCCCAGGGUAGCACCUCGGGGGCGGGAGCGGGGCCGGGGGACCAAAGCUCGUCCGAGAAAGACCCGUUCCUCAGUUUGUUGGAGCAGCUAGCGGAGAACGAACACUCUCAAGGGGGUCCGAGCGAGUUGGACUUCUUUCUGGGGGAGGGCCUCGAAGCGCCGGGGGAAGGAUGCCCGGACGACGUUGUUGAUGCUUAG